AGAACUAUCACCCCCAAACAGAUGAUGAUGGUCAGAUACGUCUUUAAUAAGUGUUCUGCUCCAAUAUUUGUCAAGCUGCUCGCAAGUGAACUAAAAUCUGUGGCAUCAUAUGACGAGAUAGAUAUCCUGAAACUUCCUAUUGAUAUUUCGGAUGGAAUGGAUGUUCUUCUUACCAAACUCGAGGAGAAACACGGGAAAACCUUUGUUGGCAAAUGCCUCGGAUCCAUUGCAGCUUCUAAAUCCGGUCUAAGUGACUGUGAGAUCAAUGAUAUUUUAUCAUUAGAGGAAUCAGUGUUGAAUGAAAUUUAUACUGAAUAUCAACCUCCAUUAAGAAGAGUAACUCCAGCCCAUUGGUUGUAUCUGAAGGAGAGUCUAGAAGGGUUUAUCUGUAGUUUUGAUUCUGAUGGGGUACAAGUAAACAUGCUUAAACACGAUGGCUUGAUUCAGAUCAUAACAGACCGAUAUCUAAGAAGAGAUAAAUCGAAAACACUGCUGCAUUCAGUCCUAGCUGAUUACUUCUUGGGAACUUGGUCAGAUGGUCCCAAGCCC